UAGAUACAAUCAGACAGCUCAUAUAGAUACAAAUUUGAAAUAUACUUACGCUUGCAAAAUCGUGCCGCCGCUGGUGCCACUACACUAUGAAGUUCAGAAACAAUAUUAAGUAUAAUUAAUAUAUUAAUGUGUCGUACGGCACCUGUACAGCAUAUUUAUAUUAAUAUCUAACAAUUAUAAAGCGCACUCUAUUACUAUUUUGCUAUUUAGCUAUUAGUACGAGUAGAAGUGCAGCUCAUGAAUGAGCGUAGUCAUCUGAAGCCGCUAGCGUAAGUACGUGUACUCGAUCUUACCAUUAGGCGAGUGCGGUGCAGUGGCUCACUGUGGCUGUCGCCAGUUUACGCUAGUCUUAUUAUUUUUUCUACGCUUAAUUUCGAUCACCCGAUCCUUGUUCAGUCCUUUGACUUUCGGUGAUUUAUUUACUUUAACUUCGCACGUGUUUCCUGACUUCCUGCUCUUAUAAAAAUCGUUUUGUUAGCAUUUGUAAGAUUUACUGCGGCUAAGCAGGUUACAGUUAACUGUUAUUUUCAAAACUUGCGCAGCUUCUUUACUGUUCUGGCCUAAAUUAUUGCAUUCUGUGUCACACGGGAUGGGGAAUACAAGAACUUCCUGUUUACUUUGGACCGCCAGGACCAGAAUUUAAGGAUUUCGAUGAUUUGCUCGAUUUUUUCCUUAAUUCGACGAUAAUAUUUUUCUUCUUUAGCAUGGUUUUUUACCAAGGAUUGCCACUGAUAAUCACCAGACUUUAGUCACUUUUUCUCGUUCGAACGUGAAAUUCAUGGAUAGAUUUCCUCUCGUUCAUUUUUCGUCCUACAUCUAAAACGCUAAUCAUCCAUGAACCAUCGCUUGCAAGUUGCAGUUCAAAUGAGGAUUCUCUUAUUAUCCGCAUGUGUAUUUGAUUAUACAUGAUAUGUCGGAGGAAGAGUCGCGUUUUGCUUUUGGCCAUUCGAGCAUUCAAUAUGAGUACGCUUUUCUGGCUUUUUGUAACAUUUGGCUGUGUCUACGGGAUUACGGGAAAAAGAGAUGAUAUCUUGGAUGAAUUCUAUGGAUAUGAACGAGUCAACGCGGUGAUAUCGCCGUUAGUGGAAAAUGAUCGCACUGCCAGGAGCAGACGCGACGUUUUCGAAAAUUUCACCCUGGAAGCCGAUAGCGCAGUACCCAGUGGAAAGCGCUUGCGAUUUUCUGCUUUUGGAAAAGAUUUCGAUAUUGCGCUGAAGUUGAAUGUGGCACUGGUCGCGGAUAAAUUUGCCGUGACAGUGGUUAAAGGCGCUAAUUAUGAAGUUCACCAUCCCGUCGUUGAGAAAUGCCACUAUCGUGGUCAGUUGGUGGGAAUCGCGAAUUCCUCCGUGGCAAUCAGCAUUUGCCGUUCCGGAAUAACGGGGUACAUUCAGGAUGGUAGUGGGGAAACAUACCAUCUUCAACCAGCCGGUCAUGACCGACGAAGUGUGAUAGUUACAAGAGAAUCCGAUAGCAUUCCCGUGGAAAAGUUAUGCGGUGUUGAUUUGCAGAAGGAUUUGAAUGCUACUGGUCUCCAUUUUCAUUCCAGCAGGACGCGCCGGAGCAUCAAACCGCCGUCGAUGAGCAAUGCGUCGUCGUUGUAUGUUGAGCUGGUCCUAGUCGGCGACAAGCGACUUUACGAUAAAUACGAUCAUUCCGAAAGUCUGAUCACGUCUAGAUUUAUCGAUAUCGUCAACGUUGUGAAUGCCUUGUAUUGGCCGUUAAAUAUUUUUGUGGCACUUAUCGGAGUGGAGAUAUGGUCCACGGAGGACAAGAUAUCGAUUGUGAAUGAUUCAGAGAGGACACUAAAUAAUUUCUUGAAAUACAGGAAGGAAGAUCUGCUGACGAGGAUGCCAAAUGACAAUGCUUAUUUAGUCACGGCGGCAACAUUCUCGGCCAGCGUUGUGGGGAAAGCGCUGAAAGGUCAAAUGUGCACAUACGAGUUUUCUGGUGGUAUUGCCAAGGACCACAGUCGUUUGCCUGGACCAGUAGGAUCCACAAUUGCUCACGAAAUGGGUCAUAAUUUCGGAAUGGAACACGACUACACCGAUUGCAAGUGUUCUGAGGACCGGUGUAUUAUGACUCCAGCCUCAGUCGGUUUGACGCCUUCCAAUUGGUCUUCAUGUUCAUAUAAGUAUCUGGAUGAUAAUCUUCAACGCGGCAUUGGAAAAUGCUUGGAACGACCGCCAAAACACGUUGUGGGCCCGUCGUGUGGUAAUGGGUUUUUGGAGGACGGCGAGGAAUGUGAUUGCGGCACAGAGGAAUAUUGCCGGAAUAAAUGCUGCAUAGCCAGCACCUGCAAAUUGUCGGUUAAUUCAACGUGUGGUCAUGGAUUGUGUUGUGAUAUGGAUACCUGUUCGCCUAAGAUGGUUGCAUCGGUAUGUCGAGCACCGUCAGGCGAAUGUGAUCUCCCAGAAUACUGUGAUGGAAAGAGUGGAGUGUGCCCUGAUGAUGUGUGGAAGAGUGAUGGGACGGAAUGUAAAAAGGGAGAGGCAUAUUGCUACGAUGGGUCCUGCAAUACCCAUAACGAUCAAUGCUUGACAUUAUGGGGCAUGACAGGAGCCGUGGCCGAAAAUAAGUGUUUCGAGUUGAACGUUAAAGGGACUGCGGAGGGGAACUGUGGUCGUAACCGAUCUAGCAAAACAUAUUCCCAGUGCGCGGUUCGAGAUUUACGGUGUGGCUUGCUUCACUGCACGAGUCAAGUUGAUAGACUUGCACUUGGAUUAGAUACAUCCACAUCGAUCGUGCAGUCGUUUAUCCCUGCAAAGACGACCUACACAAACUGCAAGGGGGCUUAUGUCGAUCUGGGAUUGUCCGUGCAGGAUCCCGGAAUGGUUCCCAACGGAGCCAAAUGUGGUGAUUCAUCAAUGUGCUUCCACCAAGUCUGCACGCAUGUGUCACUUGUUCCGGGAGCGGAUUGCUCCCAGCAGUGCAACGGUGCGGGGAUUUGUAAUAAUUUGGGCCAUUGCCACUGCAACACCGGUUACGGUCCGCCUUACUGCAGCGGCGGCGGAUACGGUGGUAGCGCGGACAGCGGGCCGGCUACCGAUCCCAGCUCGUACCAUCGCCUGCGUGAUGCCAUGCUGAUAAUAUUCCUUCUCGUUGUGCCGGUACUGGCUGCCAUUCUGUUUUUGUAUAUUGCUCGACACCGCAUUCAAGAUUGGAUGUUGAUGAGGUCAAAACAUCAGCGGACACGAGGUCGACCGGCACCGCCGCCUCCUACAAGCUCUGCCCCACCGCCGCCUAAAGUCAGUGAAAACGGAAAGGUGAGUGGGACAGAGAAAAACGGAAAACCAAUUGGGCGAGACAGGACAAAAGCGCAGAUUUCGGUCCCGGUUAUGCAGCAACAGCCCGUAUCGGAUAGCGAAGUUGUCAUUUAUCAAAACGGCGGGAUGUCCAAAUUAUUCUGGAAAAAUCCUGGCCCUUCUAAUGCGGGAUUUCCAGCAAAGGAGACACCACCCCCUUUGCCAUCGAAGCCGCCUAAAGCUGUGCGAGAGGAAAAUGACGUAGGAAAGUUCUCCUUUGCACCCAAUAGAUCUCCGCCACGGGAUCUCAAAGGUCCCAGGUCUGCUUCGGAAGAGGAUCUUCUACGUGCUGAUCCUGCAAUAAAACCCGUGCGGACCGCUCCGCCUCCACCUCCGCCGCCGCGACCAGCUGGCAGCAGUACGAAGCCUGCCACUGGAUCGUUGAAAAAAUCCCGACCGGUGUUUAGACCGCCGGCGCCACCUGUAUCUCGCCUGGCGGCAAGCGAUGGGGGUACCAGUCAUACCAAACAGCCAGAUGCUCCUGGCGAUGUCGCACCAAAGAUGUCUGUUGCAGAGAUGGCCAGAAAGUUUGAAAAUUUGCUUUUAAUCGAUCUGCCGCAGCCAGUUAUGGCUCGCACAGUGCAAGAGAAGAAGCGCCGAGAAAGCCAGCGUUUAAAGGCAGCACAGGAACCCAAAGCGCAAGACAAGGCAGGAAAUGUGUCUUCGAGUAAGGGGAUUACGCAGAGUGCGAAGUCUGCUGACAGGGAAAGACUGCGACCCAGAAAUACUGAAGGUGCUGCGCGACCCGAACGGGGCGCUGGUUUGUCAGGGGCUGCUUCUUCUUCCGCAGUGGCAAAGCAGAACAAAACGGUAUUGCUCCAGAAACAUGCAGUGCAAGUCCGAAGUGAAACCAAGCCAAAGGACAAUAAUAAAGAUGCCAAGGGAAAGCCUGUGAAAAACGGGCCCACAACAAGCCCGGAGACAGAGGCGCCUGUGGCGAGCAGGUUACGUCGCCGAGCAGAAACGGUGGUGGAAACUAAAAAAAAUGAGACCCAUGUCCCAGGGAAAUCCAAUCAAAUUUCCGCUCAUUCCAGGAAGGCGCAUGCCGCCCGCGGCAAGACGAUUGCUGUCCCUGCAGUGCAGAAAAACACUGUGAAUAUUUCUGUCACUGCGGAUAAUUCAAGAAAACGCAAGAGAAAUGCCUCCGCUAGUCCGCAGCCUGCCAGCAAAGUCCCACGUAACGAAAAGCCGAACACCCGGCCAGUUUCGGCAGUUUUGCCAGUGGAAAAGAAACUCCCAACCGUCGAUGUCGAGAAAUGCCGCCCAGAACAGUACAGCUAUCCGUGCCGUGAUAAUGAAUUUACGGAGAUUUAUGAAUUCAUUCGGGAUCAUCUUGUCGGUUUAACGGGCGGAUGUAUGUACAUAUCCGGAAUGCCAGGAACUGGAAAGACUGCCACUGUUAACAAGGUUUUGGAUUACCUCAGAGCUGAGAAUCAGCUGAAGCGGCUUCCGAACUUUAUAUAUUCUGAGAUCAACGGGAUGAAACUGGCCGAUGCAAAACAAGCGUACGCAAUCUUGGCAAAAGAUGUUUUCAACCAGAAUAAAAUGGCUGGGCCAGCUAACGCUCUGAGGAUGCUUGACCGGCACUAUCGAUCACGUGAUGCGAAAGGGAAAUCCCCUGUGAUUGUUGUUGUUGAUGAAAUGGAUUUGUUGUAUGUUCGAACGCAGAAGAUCUUGUACAAUUUGUUUGAAUGGCCACAACAGCCCAGUUCACGAUUGAUAAUUGUCUCCAUCGCCAACACCAUGGAUUUACCUGAAAAAAUGCUGAUGGCCCGCAUUGAAAGCCGCUUGGCCUUUCACCGCUUGGCAUUUCAUCCUUAUACAUCCGCCCAGCUUGAACAGGUUGUUUUGUAUCACUUGAAAAAAGAUACGAAACUCAAUGAUGAUGCGAUGAUGUUAGCAUCGAAACGGGUGGCAUCAAUCUCAGGAGAUGCUCGAAGAGUUUUAGAAAUUUGUCGAAGCGCAAGGGCGAUUGCGGAGGAUAAGCUGGCCACUGAUAAGUCUGGUAAAUUUGCCAAAGCGUCCGACAUGGUUUCUGUUUCCGUUGAAGACAUCCAAGCGGCUUGCGAUGAACUUAUGAACUCUCCAAAAUUUGUUUAUAUGAAGUCUGCCACUGUUCUGGAAAAAGCUUUUUUGAAAGCAGUAGUUAUGGAAUACGAGCGCACGGGAACCGAACAGGUUGUUAUGGAGGAUGUUUUAGACCAGAUUCGCGACGAUUAUGCAGCAUCGAAAAAGGUGUGUCCAGCAAUUUCGUCGUCGCUGAGAGUCGCUGGAAAGUUGGCGGCAUUGGACAUUUUGUUCAUCGAAAGCAAAUCUCCUACCGCUAUUCAGAGUCGGAUAUCGUUGAACUGCAGCGUGGAUGAUGUGAAAUUCGCUGUAAAAUGAAUAUGGCAUUGUUUUAUCCUUCAAAGUUUGAUCUUCAUCUGGAGACUUAGUACGCUUCUUACAUUUUAGCUUGUGUGGUUAUGCAUUUAUUCUUUUAGUCUUCGAAAUCUGGAAGAUAAAUAGCUCUUUUUGUUCUGGCCGGAAUGAAACGCGAACUCCAGAAGCACCGUGGACCGUUUGGGGAAUCGGCAUUCGUACUAUUACAGUCGCUAUGUUGCGGUGCUCGAUAUUGUGCUUGAUAAAGUGAUGAUUGCGGAAGUUCUUUCAUUAAAUGUUGAGCGACAUAUGACGGCAUUCCGCUGGCAGAGUA